GUCCUCUCGGCCCUUUUCAGUUAUGGCCGGGAGCAUAAGUGACAUCCUCGUCUUCGGAUGGUUCGAGUAUGUCGUCUUCUUCGGCAUGCUCGGAGCCUCGGUGCUCAUCGGCAUCUACUACGGUUGUAUCAAGAGUGGCCAAGACACGGUCGCCGAGUACAUGCUCGGUGGCAAGCGGAUGCCGAUCUUUCCAAUUGCGAUGUCUCUCAUAGCGAGUUUUAUAUCGGGGAUAACGCUUCUUGGCAUACCGUCCGAGACGUACGUUUACGGGACGCAGCUUUACGCCAUCAACGUCGCGAUAGUGAUUGCCGCUGUACUUCUCAAUAUAUUUUACCUGCCGGUGAUUUACAAACUGGAAUCGACUUCUAUCUUCGAGUACUUAGAAAGGAGGUUCAAUCAUACUGUCAGAUCCUUGGGUUCUCUGAUGUAUACACUCUCUUUGUUUUUGUACAUACCAGUUGUUAUAUACGUGCCUUCUCUUGCUUUUAACCAAGUUACGGGAAUGUCGAUGUACGUGCUUGCACCUAUAAUAUGUGCAGUCUGCAUAUUUUACACAUCGUUGGGCGGAUUGAAAGCCGUCGUGUGGUCGGACGCCCUGCAGAGCAUGUUCACCCUCGCGUCCGUCCUCGCCGUGGCCGUCCUCGGAUUGAUCAGCGUCGGAGGCGUCGCCAACGUCUACAACAAGAGCGUCGAAGGCGAAAGGCUGGAGCUUUUAAACAUGGACUUCGACCCGUUUAAAAGGACGACGUUUCCUGCUGUGGUUUUCGGUUCGGUCGUCACAUGGAUGGCAUUUUUUGCAGUACACCCCGGCACUUAUCAGCGUUUUGCCGCUUUGCCGACAUUCCGCCAUACAAGGCUUGUUACAGUUUAUAUGUGCUUUGGUCUUGUGUUUGUCAAGUCUAUAAUGACAUUUGUCGGGCUGAUCAUGUAUACAAAAUACCACGACUGCGAUCCAGUUAUAACAAAGGAGAUACAAAAGGCUGGCCAAGUACUCCCAUAUUACGUUAUGGACGUCGCUCGGGAUUACCCAGGCCUCUCCGGUUUAUUUCUUUCCGGCGUAGUCUCAACGGCACUCAGCACAAUGUCCACUGGGCUGAACACGGUGGCUAUGACGUUAUUCGAAGAUUUCAUCAAGCCUCACCUGCCUUGGGAGAUUUCUGAAAAAUCCUCCAAUCUCGUGAUGAAGAUUGUUGUCGUCAUUUUGGGCUGUAUAAGCACAGCGAUGGUUUUCAUCGUCGAGAAGCUCGGUCCGAUCAUGCAAGUCGCAAUCACACUGAACGGUGUGACGACCGGCAUUUCUUUAUACCUUUUUACCCUCGGAAUGUUCAUCCCUUGGGCGAACUCCAAGGGCGCCAUUUGUGGGACUUUAGCUGCAUUCGUUUCGACAUCUUGGCUAGCUAUCGGAGCACAGCUUGCGAUACUAAGAGGUGAUUUGAAAUUCCCAGGAAAAGUCACUUCAAUAAUAAAUUGUCCCGAAAAUUCUACCUUACACCUAAAUCUCAACCAGACUGUCUUCGGAAACCCUGGCUAUGGUUCGAUCGUAGAAGCUGAUGAAGACUUACCGAUGCUGUACAGAAUAUCGUACCUUUAUUUCAGUAUUAUAGGUUUCCUUGUUGGUUUGCUGGUCGCGAUGAUCGUCAGCCUUCUCACCGGUCGACAGGAGAUUUCGGAGCUUAGCAGCGACUUGGUCAUACCGCAGCUCCGUUGGCUUUUCACCGAUGAGGAGAAGAAGAAAAAGAAAUCAGAACCGCAGAUAUACUCCCUGGUACCCCUUAACGAGGCCAUCCCGGAUAAUUAAAGUUAAAACAAAUGUUAUGAAAAUAAAACACUUUUUUCUUU